AUGGCACCACGCCUCCACGUUCACAGAAUCAAAAGCCCCCUGAAUCCGAUCGGACUGCGGCGGCAGCCGCCGGAAGAAAUUCAUCGGCACCGACGGCAUGUCCCCCCUGAACCUCGGGUGUCGGAGAACACGAUCGCCGCCACCAAGCACACCACCAAGAAUAUCCCCGUCGCCCGCGGGUCCCGCCAGCUGAACAGCGCCUCCACCCUCUCCCCCUGCGCCGCCACGUCACCCAGCAGCGUUUGCGCCCGGCCCGCCAGCGCCCGCAGCCUAUCAUACCUCACCCUCACUUGUUCCGCCGGCCGCGCGGAGGGGAACCCAUCAAACUCCUCAUCCAACUCAUCCGGGCCCACCGCAUCCACACAUGAGAGCCCGGGAUCCAUCGCCACCGGCGCUGGCCGCCGGCACCGGAACCUCAACGCCAGUAUCAGAAAUGCAUACAAGAAUGCCGCUGGCAAAAACAGGUCCGGAAAGAGCACGACAGCUGUCAAUAAAACGUGGACCAAGACAGUAGUCGGCGGGUGGGCCCACGUCCGAAUCCCGUCGACCCACCGAGCAACGGCGGCCACCCGAGACAGGCAGCCAACGACCCUGAACCAGUUGGCCUUGCUCCGCCUCAUGCUCCACACGUGCGUGUCCGUGUCAAGCAUGCCGGCUCUGACCGAGCCAGCCUUGCGGUCACGAUCCUCAUGGCGUUGUGCCUCAGGACGUCCUGCUGCGCGGGGCCCAUCGGCUUCACGUAGUGCAUCCUCGCGUCGGGCUCGCGUACGCCUGCACGAGACCGAUCCAAGACGAGCACGAGAACCUCAGCGCGAUCUCGACCUCGCCCAUCCUCCGCGCGCCGCCGGGGAGGAGCGUAGUCAAAGAGUACGUGCCGGCGUAAACGCGGUUGGUGUCGAGGGUGGAGAGUCGUACCCUGAGCUUCCCGAGGCAUACGUCCUUCUUCCCGUUGUAACUCCCGUUGUCGAAGACGCCGACAGUGAGGACGGUGCACGGGUCGUACACGUCGAAAGUGUACUGCUCGUUCCACCGCGGGUUGAACCGAUCGAGGAUGGUGCGCGUGCGGACCCACUUUGGCCCGUAUUUGGCCACCACGCGUCGGUGGUGCCGCGGGUCCCGUCGGCGGUUUUGACGGGGAGAAGAUUGGAGGCGCCGCGAAUGCCGACUUCUAGAAGGCCGAUCGGGGGUUUGGAGAGGUGCUUCGCCGUGGGCCGCACGUCGCUAGUCACGUGGGCUGCCUCGUCGAGCACGUUGUACCAUGUGGAUCUUGGCUCCGAUUUGUCGUCCGUGCGCCUGUCCACCGUAGCAAUCUGCACCCUCGCGUGCCCCAUGGGACGCGUGCUUGAUGCGUCUUCCACGGAACGGCUCGAAUGGCUCAGCGGCAACGAAAAUCAAAUCCUCGUUCCAUGUGGGAUUGGUGGAGCCGAUGCAAGUGCGGCUUGUUUUAAAGACUUGUGGGCCGAGCUGGGCUUUUACAUAGAGUUCCAGGAGGUUCCGAGGAGACCGAGGCUCGGGACCUAA